CUUCGGCGGCUAAAAAAGGUUAUUAGAGUCACUGCAAAAUCGUCAGGGCAUUAGCAUUUCCGUGAGAGAAAUUUUCGGGCUUCGCAAGAGGGAGUUGUCGAAAGAGGUCCUCUGCUCUGACAGUUUGCUCGCGUCUGCUUAUUUCCCUCAAAAAGCUGUGUUCCAAUUAACUCCACCUAUUAAACUCUGUUGGCCAUCCAGGAACGUAGGCAAGAAGCCGAAGAUCCCAAUCACUCCAAGAUCUUUACCUUUGCCUGGCCGUCAGCGUCGUCGUCGUCGUCCAGCAAUCGCAGCAGCACGACCAGGAGCAAAGACAACAGGCCCGCCACCGCCACAUCUUCCAGUAGCAGGCCCAGGUGUACGUUCCGGCGUUGCUGGACUCAACUUCAGCGUCUGUUGUUUGACGAGGAGCCUGUGCCAGCCUCACCGUCGCCUCCCGGGAGGACGAUCAAGACUUCCUCCGUCGCCCAGCCGCAACAGCAGCAACAGGCCAAAAUGGCUUCCAAAGCGACCAAAGCUGCUCAACCCGUGGUCCACAAAGUCAUCAUGGUGGGCAGCGGUGGUGUUGGCAAAUCUGCCCUUACCCUUCAGUUCAUGUACGACGAGUUUGUGGAAGACUACGAACCCACCAAAGCGGAUUCGUACAGGAAGAAGGUGAUGCUGGACGGCGAGGAAGUUCAGAUCGACAUAUUGGACACGGCCGGUCAGGAGGACUACGCCGCCAUUCGUGAUAACUAUUUCCGGAGCGGCGAAGGUUUCCUCUGCGUUUUUUCCAUCACGGAUGACGACAGCUUCCAGGCCACGCAGGAAUUCAGGGAGCAAAUUUUACGAGUUAAAAAUGACGAAAACAUCUCAUUCCUGUUGGUCGGAAAUAAAUGCGACCUUGGCGAGCGGAGGAAAGUGUCGCUGGAAGAAGCUCAAAACCGCGCCCAGCAGUGGGGAGUGCCCUACAUCGAGACUUCGGCCAAAACCAGGGAACAUGUCGAUAAGGUGUUUUUCGACUUGAUGCGCGACAUCCGAUCGCGGAAAAUGGACGAGACGAAAACCAAUCCAGGCAAGCCAAAACCGGCCAGGAAGAAACUCAAGUGCGCCAUUCUUUAGGAAACUUGACGAAACGAGAAGAAUAAAAAAGAAGAAGAAGAAAUCAACCGAGACGUGAAAGAACAAGGAGAGAAAAUGAAAGAAAAAAAGAAGUUGAAUUCAAAAAAACAAACGAGGCCACACCCCAGUCACACCGUGGAUUGUUCGAACGCCCGUACGUUACCGCGCGAGAGGUUGGGAGGAUUGUGGAGGUUGAUGUUUUGGCCUUUAUUCAUACGACUGUUUUCGCCCAGAGAGAUAAAUUAUUCACAUAGAAUUUCUUUUUUGUUUGGCUUUUUGUUUAUUAGUUAUUCUUUUCUUUUUUUGGGUUUAUUUUUUCUUUCUUUAUUUCUCGCAUCCGGCAGUAGCCAAAACCGCUGGCCACUUUGUCCCUGUUGCGUUCAACAUGUCCUCCACUCCCCACUCCCCGCUCCCUCCAAAGAGCCCACAGAAAAAUGGCAGAACCAAAACUUUGAUUUUGUGGAACUAAAAAGAAAUGUCACUGUAAGUGUGUGUGUGUGUGUACGUCAAUGUGUGGGUGCGUGUGUGUGUGUGUAUGUGUCUGUUCUGCGUGAGUGUGUCGGAUGUCAUAAUCUUUCCUCCCCUGGGUUUAUUAUUAUUUUGUUUCAUCUUUCCUUCCAAAAUGUCAUUAUGAAUUCUCCUUCCUGUUGUUCAAUAAUCUCAGCGGUUUUUCGAAUGUUUGCUUAUUCUUUCUUUCUUUCUGCCUUGUUCUGCAUAUCGUUUUCCCUUUUAUUUUUUGUUUCUUUUUGUUCUCUUCUCACUGGAUCGUUUCUUCCUCUUGACGCAUUCUGCGACCGCUGCGAAAGUUGUCGCCCAUGAAACAUUUCAAUAGUUUGGCGCUUUAUUUCUUUCCUUCUUCAACUCUCUCUCUCGUCUAUUUCAUUGUAUUCUUUCUCUUCUUUGUGCUUGUAAACCUGACUGUUCACCGUACGUUUGCUGAUGAUCGAAAAACAAGUAAAUGAAAUCAAGAUCA